ACAGCAGAAGUAAACGUAACACAGCAUCGUAAUCCUGCAUUUCAACCUGCCUUUGACUGAAGAAAAACAAGCAAAGAGAAAGUGAAGGUGAACUUCCUCCUCUCAUGCUCUGCACUGUAUCUUUUUACUUUCACCUGAGAACGAGAGAAUGGCUUAUAAUCCAGAGAAGGACCUGUCCUGUCCUGUCUGCCACGACAUCUUUGAUAUUCCUGUUGUCCUGGCAUGCAGCCACAGCUUCUGUAAAACCUGUGUGGAGACCUGGUGGAGAGACAAACCCAUAAAAGAGUGUCCGGUUUGUAAGGAAAGACCUUUGCUGGGUGAGCCACCAGUUAGUUCAGUUUUAAAGAACCUGUGUGAGGCCUUCUUACAAAAGAAAGAUCAAAAUGCUUCUGCAGGCUCUGAAACCGUUUGCAGUCUGCACCAUGAGAAACUGAGAGUCUUCUGUUUGAAUCAUCAGCAGCCAGCGUGCCUCGUCUGUCGAGAUUCAAAAAUACAUCUCGGCCACAGCUUCAGACCCGUUAACGAAGCUGCAGAAGAUCACAGAAAGGAUCUCAAGGAAUCCCUGAAACCGUUACAGGAGAAACUGAAAGUGUUUGAAGAAGUUAAAGAAAAGUUUGAUGAAACAGCAGAAUACAUCAGGGUCCAGGCCCAGCAGACAGAGAGACAAAUUAAGGAGGGGUUUAAGAGGUUGCAUCAGUUUCUACAAGAUCAAGAGGAGGCCAGAAUCACUGCUUUGAGGGAGGAAGAGGAGCAGAAGAGUCAAAUGAUAAAGGGGAAGAUUGAAGGUCUAAGCAGAGAGAUAGCAGCUCUUUCAGAAAUAAUCAGAGCCACGGAAGAGGAGCUGAGAGCUGAAGAUGUCUCGUUCCUGCAGAACUACAAGGCUGCAGUGGAAUUAAUCCAGCAGUGCCCUCUGCUGGAUGAUCCAGAGCUGGCCACAGGAGCUCUGAUAAAUGUGGCCAAACACCUGGGCAACCUGACCUACAACAUCUGGAAUGAGAUGAAGGCGAUAGUCUCCUACUUUCCUGUGAUUCUGGAUCCAAACACAGCUCAUCCAGAGCUCAUCCUAUCAGAAGAUCUGACUGGCGUAAGAUCUGUAGAGAGGCAUCAGCUUCCCGACAACCCGGAGAGGUUUGACUACUAUUGCAUUGUCCUGGGCUCUGAGGCCUUUGACUCAGGCACCCACAGCUGGGAUGUUGAGGUUAGAGACUCUACAUGCUGGGUCUUGGGUGUAGCAGCAGAGUCUGUACAAAGAAAGGGUGAAAUAACAUCUGGACUUUGGCGGAUAAUGGGGCUAACUGAAGAUAAAUAUGCAGCACGCUCCCCAUCACAACACACCUUUAUUCACCCACUGAAGGAGUUCCAGCGGAUCAGAGUUCAUCUGAAUUGGGACGAAGGAAAGCUGUCAUUCUCUGAUCUCGAUACUGACACACACAUACACACCUUCAUACACACUUUCACGGAGAAGCUGUUUCCAUACUUCAUCAGUAAGAAAGAACACCAGCUAAAAAUACUUCCACUGAAGGUUUCUGCAACAGUAAAACUGCUUAAUCAAUGA